UUGCGACACUAGACCUGCAAUAUCGGCCAUCUCUAAUCGACGUAUUUUGAUAAUUAUAUUUUUCAAAAGGAGGCUAAAGAGGAUAAGGAAACAUGCCGGAGCCUCGCAGUCCUAUGGCCAGCUUUGCCCAGUCGGUGCAGAAUAUAAUUGAUGGACCAAUCACCUGGUUCCGUGAGAGCAUUGUGGAACCGAAUCAAGAGAAAUACAAUUGGUAUCAUCAGAAGUAUCGCCGUGUACCCACCAUCGAUCAAUGCUAUACAGAUGAUGCCGUAUGCCGUUUCGAGGCGGAUCAACAAUUCCGUCGGGAUCGUAUGGUGGACAAUGAGAUUGUGAACAUUUUGCGUCAACGCUUCGAGGAUUGCACCCUGUACGAGGCACCUGAUCAUAUUGUCAAGUGCAAACCCAUAUUGGAGACAUAUGAGAAGGCUACCGAAAAUUGGUUCAUCAAGUAUGGUGAUUUGGGUGGUUAUGCCAAUGCCAAAACUGCCUACAUGAAGCAGAAGCAUCGCUUGAUCUGGGAACGGCGUCAUGGCCCUGUGGGCACCGGCAUGAAAGGUGAAGAGCAGACAGCUCAUUAAAUUUUUCCCAAUUUUCUGUUGUUUAGUUCAAUUAAAUCGUGAUUACAAAAGAAAUAUACACCAUCAUCUAUACGAAGGAA